ACAUUCUGAAUUGUUGUUGUAAACUCAUGAUGAUAUAAAAAAAAACUAAACAGAUUCUGAUUUCCACAAUGAAAGAUCGUUAGGAAAAGACGAGGUUGUCCUUUAGAGACGAGGGCAUGUUAGUAAAUUGACAAGUAUUGAGCUCUCUCUCUCUCUUUCUGCUUCUUCUUGUAAUUCGACACUCAACUUUCGUCUCCCUGCCUUAAGAUCUCCUUCUCAAUCAAUAUAUCGGGUUGCCUGUUUCUUCUACAAGCUCGAUUAUAUGCUCUGCUUCUUGCAAGAAGAAGCUUUCAUUUUUAUUCGCUUUUUCUCCCUUUUUUGAAUAAGAAUGGAGAAUGGUGGGCAGUAUGCAAAUGGGUCUGAUUACUUAAAAGGAGCACACUCUAUGUGGAAUAUGCUGCCUCACCAUCAGAUCAAAGAGCAACACAAUGCCUUGGUCAUGAAUAAAAAGAUCAUGUCCAUCCUCGCCGAAAGAGACGCUGCUGUUCACGAACGAAACCAAGCCGUCUCCGCCAAAAUGGAAGCCCUCGCAGCUCGAGACCAAGCCCUUCAGCAACGGGACAAAGCCCUGGCCGAAAGAGAUAAAGCUUUGAUUGAGAGGGACAAUGCUUUUGCUGCCCUUCAACACCAUGAAAACAGUCUCAACUUUGCUUUGUCCGGUGGGAAGCGCUGUCAAGGAGGGGAUGAUGAUGAUGUUUUGUUCACUAUUGAUGAUCUCUGCCCUACUACAUCAACUAACACGACCAAGGCUAUCAAAAGGAAAAAAGAUAACAAACCAAAAGGAAAGAAAGUGGGUGAAGAUCUGAACCUUCUAGUUGCUGCUCCCGGAAAGAAAUGUAAAAAAGAUUGGGACACUAACCAUUUCGGUUUAAACUUGGUCACCUUCGACGAAAAGACUAUGCCCGUGCCGGUUUGCACAUGCACAGGCUCUGCGCAUCAGUGUUACAAAUGGGGUAAUGGAGGUUGGCAAUCGUCUUGCUGCACGACCAACUUGUCGCAGUAUCCAUUACCGCAGAUGCCAAACAAGAGGCAUUCUCGUGUGGGCGGUAGGAAAAUGAGCGGAAACGUUUUCUCCAGAUUACUAAGCCAUUUAGCAGCAGAAGGAUGUGAUCUCUCGUCUCAUGUUGACCUAAAAGACUAUUGGGCUAGGCACGGCACCAACCGCUACAUCACUAUCAAGUAACCAGCCUCAACUGUCUUCGGCUCUUAAUUCUUAAGUUUAGGUGUUUUGUCUAUGGUAAAACCAAAUAUGUUAAAUAUGUUUUUAUUUGAAAAACAAAUCUCAACUGUUUUCAGAUUACAAAAUCUUAAUUUUCAUUUUCCAGUUGGUGAUUAUAUUAUAACUUAAACGUUCACUUUA